CAAUUCCACUUACGGCCACACUUGCAGCUCUAAAUUCGCGCGUUUUGUUGUUUACCGGCACCCUAUUGUGAAAUUCGUUUAAAAAAGCAGUUCCAAGCCACACAAAGCCGGCAAAAUGAACGAUUCAUUUGGAGAUUUCAAUGCCACACAAACGGCGCCCACUGGAGCAGCCAGCAAUCAGAAGGGAGAGGGAAUAGUUCCACUGGUGAUAAAGCAAGUUGUGGAUGCCCCCGAGGGCAACAUCGAGCUGUUCGGCAUGCAAUAUGCCAUGGUCUGUGUGGUGGGCAUAGUGCGCAACGUCGAGACCUCCUCGACGAAGAUUACCUACACCGUGGAGGAUCACAGUGGCAGGAUCGAUGCGCACUACUGGCUGGAGGAGGGCGACGCGCUGAAGGCCCCCGAGGUCAUGGUCAACAACUAUGUUAAGGUCUACGGCACCACGCGAUCGCAGGGGGGUCAGAAAACCCUGAUGGUCUUCAAGCUGCUGCCCGUGCUGGACCCCAACGAGGUGUGCACCCAUCUCCUGGAGGUGCUCAAUGCCCGCUACAGGGCCGAGGACUACAAGAACAAGGGGGGAUCUGGUGCAGUGGCUUCAUCCGGCUCUGGCUCCAUAGCCGACUUCACCACCUCCCAGAGCUCGGCCAUUGUGAGUGGGCUGGAUCCCAAGCAGCAGGCCGUCUUCCAGGCCAUCAAGAGCAAUGUCUCCGAGGAGGGCAUCUCGCGCAAGGAGCUGAAAGCCAAGUUCUCACACAUCAGCGAUUCGGAACUGACCAACAUUCUGGACUUCAUGAUUUCCGAGGGGCACAUUUAUUCCAGCAUUGAUGCUGAUCACUUUAUCUGCACCAUGUAAAUCGAAUCUUAAAGGCAAAAAUGUUAUUGCUCAAAUGCAUAUUAAAUAUUAAGUUUAAGAAGAAA